AAAAGAUAAUGAAAAUCAAAAACAUUUUGAAACAUACAUUCUAUGGAGAAAAUGUGACAUUGCUACCAAUUGGAAUAUGUGCAACUUUGUAUUUGCUCAUAUUGUUCAAUGGGAUGGUCACUACCAAUCUUUCAUCAUACUUACCACAGUUGGUUAAGACGUUUAAUGUCAGUGAAGUUGAUACAGGUAGAUACGUUGGACUUGUUUCUUCAGCUAUGUCAGUGAGCAGAGUUAUAAGCAGCACCACUUGGGGUUUUAUAUGUGACAAAUAUGGUAAAAAGGUUUCACUACUUUGUGCUGGAGCAGGUCUUACCAUGGCUACUUUUAUGUUUGGAUUUAGUUAUAAUAUUAUUUGGACUGUUGUUACAAGAUCAAUGCAUGGUUUGUGCAUGGGGUUGAUUGUUAUCAGCAAAUCAAUUAUAUCAGAUAUAUCUGAUGAUACUAAUCUCUCUAUUGGUCUGAGCGUUAUUGUUUCUGCAAUGAAUAUUGGAUAUAUAUUAGGACCAAGUAUGGCUGGAUUUCUUGUCUUUCCAAACGAAAAAUAUCCUCAUGUUUUUAAAAAAGAUCCAUUUUUCGAAAAAUGUAAAGUUUUUCUUCCAAACUUUAUUAUUGCCAUGGGUUUGUUUAUUUCUCUUGUGAUCACAUCUUUUUUACUUCCAAAGAAAGAAAAGGGAAAUUUGGAUGUUGAAACAGAACAUAUUUCACAUGAAAAUAUUAAAAGUGUUGAAAAUAAAGACAAAGAAAAUAAAGAUGAUAAUUGUGUGGACUAUAAUGGAGGCCCUUCAUUUUCUGAAAAAUCGUGGUUACUCAAAAAAGAAAAGAAAAAGAUAUCACAUUUUAAAGAUAUCACAUUCUGCUGUAACUGGUUCAAAAACUCAAAAUAUAAAAGAAUGAUGCAGAAAAGUUUUCUUCUCUCAGUUAUUCUAUAUGGUAUAUUUUCAAUGACUGCAGUUGGUUAUGAAGAUCUUUUGCCAGUUUUUGCUGCUACACCUGAGAUUUAUAAUGGAUUAAGUAUGAAUACAUCAGACAUUGGUUUAUUGUAUUUACUAACAGGAGUUUCAAUGAUUGUUAUUCAGUUUUUUGCCAUUAAUAAGUUUGUAAACAGAUAUGGUGUCAAAAAGGUAUUUUGCACAUCUACUUUGCUUUACUCUGGUUUAGUUUUUUUACUCCCAACAACCAGGCUAAUUAAAAAUAGGAAAGGAUUAUGGGUAGGAUUGUGGAUUACCCAAUGCCUUAUUAGAUCGAUGUAUACUGCAGGUCUUUUAUGUAUCAAUGUUUUUAUAAACAAUUCUGUUGAACCAGAGUUCCUGGGAUUGGCGAAUGGUAUUGGGUUAUCUUUUGCUUCAUUAGGAAGAGCAUUUGGCUCAGUUAUUUUUGGUCAAUCAUAUUCCUGGUCAAUGAAGAAUUUAAAAAAUCAAUUAGAUUUUCACAAAACUGUUUGGUUUCCAUUUAACGAAUACUUUGCUUUUGCACUGAUGUCUGUUUCUACGUUGGUUGUCUUAACAGUUGGUACCUGUCUUCCUAAAAGCAUUAAUAAGAAAUACAUUUCGCCAAAAUUAAAUCAAGAAUGUGAAAUGGAAAAAACACAAAAAGUUUAAUUUUUUUUUUAUUAUUCUGUGUGAAAUUUAAAUGAACAAAAAGUAA